GUUACAGAGAAUUACGUUACCAUGGCUACCGUAGCUGCUGGCGCUGCUGUAACUGCAAACGAAUCCCCCAAGAAGAACAGAAUUCAGGUUUCCAACACUAAGAAACCUCUUUUCUUUUACGUCAAUCUCGCCAAGAGGUACAUACAACAGCAUAACGAGGUUGAGCUUUCUGCUCUUGGAAUGGCUAUAGCUACAGUUGUUACAAUUGCCGAGAUUUUGAAGAACAAUGGACUUGCCACUGAGAAGAAAGUGUUGACAUCUACGGUUGGCAUGAAAGAUGAGAGCAAAGGUCGUCUGGUGCAGAAGGCAAAGAUUGAGAUUGUGCUGGGGAAAUCUGAGAAGUUUGACUCUAAUAUGGCUGCUGCUACCACAAAAGAAUCAGAAUCUGAAGCUGCUGAAGACAAAAAGUGACAAAUAUGGGACAGCAAGGUCAAUGUGAAGCUGUUGUAGUUAUUAUUCUGAGUCUUUUGUACGUUGCUUUCAGAGAAGUAAAUAGGGGAGUAGAAAAAGGUCGUAAAAUUACAUGGAUAAGGCAGCAAUGAGUGGUCAAAGUUGUAGAGCACGUAUUUAA